AGCGGCAGCCGGGGGAGGAGAAUUCACUUACUAGCUGCAAGGAGAAUUUGAUUGUUUCCGAAUAUGCCUGAUCCAGCAAAGUCCGCUCCAGCACCGAAGAAGGGCUCUAAGAAAGCGGUGACCAAGACCCAGAAAAAAGAUGGGAAGAAGCGCAGAAAGAGCAGGAAGGAGAGUUACGCCAUAUACGUGUACAAGGUGCUGAAGCAAGUGCACCCCGACACCGGUAUUUCCUCCAAGGCCAUGGGUAUUAUGAAUUCCUUUGUCAACGAUAUAUUUGAGCGCAUUGCAGGGGAAGCCUCCCGCCUGGCUCAUUAUAACAAACGCUCCACCAUCACCUCCCGGGAGAUCCAGACCGCGGUCCGCCUGCUGCUGCCUGGGGAACUGGCCAAACACGCCGUGUCCGAGGGCACCAAGGCUGUCACCAAAUACACCAGCGCCAAGUAACUGCUCCUUCCCUUGUCCUACUCCCAGCAACACAAAGGCUCUUUUAAGGGCCCC